GCAGCUACCAUUGUGAGGUGAGGACAGGUGGGGGGGUUUGGGGCUGCAGCGGGGCCGGCGGCAGCGGCCGGGACGCGGCACCCGCACGGGACCCCCUCAGCCAUGUUACUGAAGAUCACCUUGUCUUCUGGAAGCAGAAACACAGUGAACAGAUGAACCUCUUCAGCCAGACAUUCCUUUAAUAGAUCUCUCCCCUCAUGGAGCACCACAGCAGGGAGGAGAUGAACUCAAAAGAGGAAAGUCCACAGGUGUGGGCUGACUCUGCUGAGCAGGAACAGAACAGUGCUCAGGUGCACUUUGUCCCUGAGGGGGGAACAGUGGCACAGAUCGUGUACAGCGAUGAGCAGGACCGUCCCUCGCAGCAGGUUGUCUACACGGCAGAUGGCACCUCCUACACCUCUGUGGACACCUCUGAGCACACCCUGGUUUACAUCCACCCCGUGGAAGCUACACAGACUCUGUUUACAGAUCCCUCCCAAGUGGCUUAUGUCCAACAGGAUGCCACCACCCAGCAGGUAACUGUGCUCUUGCCUGCUGCUGCUCAGAGCAUGAAUCCCACCAACCUGUCCGUGCUCGGCAGCGUUGCUGAAUCCCCCCAGCAAAUGGCACUGGAACAGGGUCCUCAAGCAGAUAGAGCAUCGUUACCGGUGCAUAACCAGGUGUUACCUCCUAUGGAGGCAGUGGAUGGGUCUGACCCUUUAGCACCUCUGCAGAAUCAAAUGGGAAGGAUAGAAACAAAAGAGGAAGAUGAUGACGAUGAAGAUGAGGAUGAAGAGGGGGAAGACACUGACAUGGAUGAAUGGGAUCCAGAUCCACCUCGACCCUUUGAUCCCAAUGAUUUGUGGUGUGAAGAGUGUAAUAACGCGCAUCCUUCUGUGUGUCCAAAACACGGACCAUUGCACCCCAUCCCAAACAGGCCUGUGCUGACCAGGGCAAGAGCCAGCCUUCCCUUGGUGCUCUACAUAGACAGGUUUUUGGGAGGUGUGUUCUCCAAAAGGAGGAUCCCCAAACGCACACAGUUUGGACCUGUGGAAGGACCCCUGGUUAGACAAACGGAACUCAAAGACUGCUAUAUCCAUCUGAAGGUUUCUCUUGAGAAGGGGGACAGAAAAGACAGAGAUUUGCAAGAGGACCUGUGGUUUGAACUUUCUAGCGAGGCACUUUGUAACUGGAUGAUGUUUGUGCGUCCAGCUCAAAACCAUUUGGAGCAGAACCUGGUUGCGUAUCAAUAUGGCCAUCAUAUUUACUACACCACCAUUAAAAACGUGGAGCCCAAGCAGGAACUCAAGGUGUGGUAUGCUGCCUCUUAUGCAGAGUUUGUGAACCAGAAGAUCCACGACAUAUCUGAGGAGGAAAGGAAGGUUCUCAGAGAGCAAGAGAAGAACUGGCCCUGUUACGAGUGCAAUCGGCGCUUCAUGAGCUCAGAGCAGCUCCAGCAGCACCUCAACUCCCACGACGAGAAGCUGGACUUCUUCAGCAGAGCCAGAGGCCGAGGUCGUGGCCGAGGGAAGAGGAGGUUUGGACCAGGCAGACGCCCCGGGCGCCCUCCCAAAUUCAUGCGUAUGGAAGUAACCAGUGAAAAUGGGGAGAAGUGUGAAGAAGGGACACAGGACUUGCUGCAUUUUUCCAGCAAGGGGCAGUUUGAUGAGGCCGGACAAGCCACACUCAACGGGUUGGAGCAGCAGGAGCAGACCCCAGUGCCACCAGAGCCACAGUCUGCACUGGAGCAGCAGUCCGAAAACCACCCGCUACAAAUGCAGGCGCAGCACAUUGAGAGCCCGGUGCCCACGCAGAGCACCAUGACAGCAGAUGACAUGAGGCGAGCAAAGCGUAUCAGGAAUGCAGCUCUUCAGCACCUCUUCAUCCGGAAAUCCUUUCGCCCCUUCAAAUGCCUCCAGUGUGGGAAGGCCUUCAGGGAGAAGGACAAACUGGAUCAGCACCUCCGCUUCCACGGGCGGGAGGGGAACUGCCCUCUGACUUGUGACAUCUGCAACAAGGGCUUCAUCAACAGUGGGGCUCUCGAGAGCCACAUGAAGUUCCACAUGGACCAGAAAACAUACUCCUGCAUCUUCUGUCCUGAGUCCUUUGACCGCCUGGAUCUGCUCAAAGACCACGUGGCCAUCCAUGUCAGCGAUGGCUAUUUCACCUGCCCUACCUGCAAGAAACGCUUUCCAGACUUCAUCCAGGUGAAGAAGCACGUCCGCAGCUUCCACUCAGAGAAGAUCUACCAGUGUACAGAGUGUGACAAAGCCUUCUGCCGCCCCGACAAGCUGCGCCUGCACAUGCUGCGCCACUCGGACCGCAAGGACUUCCUGUGCUCCACGUGUGGCAAGCAGUUCAAGAGGAAGGACAAACUGCGAGAGCACAUGCAGAGGAUGCACAACCCAGAGAGGGAGGCCAAGAAAGCAGAUCGGAUCAGCCGCUCCAAGACCUUCAAGCCUCGGAUUGCUUCCACUGACUACGAGAGCUUCAUGUUCAAGUGCAGACUCUGCAUGAUGGGCUUCCGCCGCAGGGGCAUGUUGGUGAAUCAUUUAUCAAAGAGACAUCCAGACAUGAAAAUAGAAGAGGUGCCAGAGCUCACGUUGCCCAUCAUCAAACCCAACAGAGAUUACUUCUGUCAGUACUGUGAUAAGGUGUACAAGAGUGCCAGUAAGCGCAAAGCACACAUCCUGAAGAACCAUCCUGGUGCUGAGCUACCUCCAAGCAUCCGGAAGCUGCGUCCUGCAGGCCCAGGAGAGCCGGAUCCCAUGCUGAGCACCCACACGCAGCUCACAGGCACCAUUGCCACCCCUCCAGUCUGCUGUCCUCACUGUUCCAAGCAGUACAGCAGCAAGACCAAGAUGGUCCAGCACAUCCGCAAGAAGCACCCAGAGUUUGCUCAGCUCCCGAACACGAUCCACGCGCCUCUGGCGACGGCUGUCAUCAGCUCCACUCCUGCUGUUCUAACCACUGACAGCACUACUGGCGAGACUGUUGUGACAACAGACUUGCUGACCCAGGCAAUGACAGAGAUAUCCCAGACCCUCACCACGGACUACCGGACUCCCCAGGGAGAUUACCAGCGGAUCCAGUACAUCCCAGUGUCUCAACCCACAACUGGCUUGCAGCAGCCUCAGCACAUACAGCUGCAGGUUGUGCAAGUGGCCCAGGCUACCUCACCUCACCAGUCCCAGCACUCCACAGUGGACGUUGGGCAGCUUCACGACCCCCAGACCUACACCCAGCAUGCUAUCCAGGUGCAGCACAUCCAGGUCACAGAGCCUUCGGCAGCACCGCAGUCAUCAGCACAGGUUGGGGCUCAGCCUUUGAGUCCCUCCUCACAACAAUCUCAGCAGGAGCUCAGCCCCUCACAGAUGCAGACAGCUACAUCGACACCAACCCAAACCCUCCAGCAGCAGCAGGGAUCUUCAGUCCAGCACACGUAUCUUCCCAGCACAUGGAACUCGUUUCGGAGCUAUUCAUCUGAGAUCCAGAUGAUGACCAUUCCCCAAGGCCAGUAUGUGAUCACAGAGACUGCUGUGGGUACACCAGUCACCACUGUGAACACGGGGCAAGUGAAAGCAGUUACUCAGACUCACUAUGUGAUAUCUGAAGGUCAGCCUGAUCUGGAAGCCAAACAAAACUCUUCGCUCCCCAGUGAGGUCCAGGUCGGUGUUUCCCAGCCCCCAGUCCCCACGGAUACGUUGGAAUCCCAACCAAGCACUCAGCAGCCCACCACCCAGUACAUCAUCACUACAACCACCAACGGGAGCGGCGGCAGCGAGGUGCACAUCUCUAAACCCAGAACUUUCUCAGCAGAACAUGAAUGAAGAAGCCUUGUGGUGUCACUUGCUUGUACUUGUCACCUCCCCCCGAGCCCAGGUCUAUGGGUUUGCUGGGGUUAAAUAUGGUUUAAAGUAUAUGCUCACUUCAACUAAAAUCUUGGAGCUCUUGUUAUGCUUUAAGAGGGUUCAAGUCCCUGGUGACCAUGAAGAAGUACCCUCAAAAUCCUUCUGGGUUGUUACUUUAUGCAGCUAUUAACAAAAAGGACAAGAGGAGAAGUAAAACUUCUGCUUGCUCUGGACUUGAGUUUUGGCAUGUCUGCUGACCCUUACUUUUCCUUUUUGGAAGUGUUUCCAGUAAACAACUUGUUACUUCAAUUGUAUGGGGACAAAGCUUCCCUAAUGGAAGGCUAACUGGCUGAUGAUGUAUGUAUGUUUUUACUAGGAGCUGUUAAAGAGGAGGCCAUCAUGUAAAUAGCCAGAAUAGGGCAGAAUGGCUUCCAAUGUCCUUGUUUCAGCAGCCAGGGUGAAAGGGAACAUAAUCUGCUCCAUGCGAGCAGACUGCCUGGAGAGCAAGAGCAGCAGCAGCCAAGUGUCCAUGUGAGGGGAUGGAUGUAACAAUGAAGCUGUGAAGAUGUGUCCAAGCAGUCCAUUAAAUUAUUAUUCUCA